AUGGCGCCUAGAGGCGAAGAGCCGGCUGAUGACUUGGCCCGAGGCAUCGUUCCCACUGCCAGACAGUCCUUCCGCGACCUUUUCAUCUGGCGACAGCGUGUCGUCAUAUCCAACGAAUACGGGGAGACGCGCUGCAAAUGGAAAGACCCUGACCGCUUCGUCAACCCCAUCAGCCUGCUUGCGCAGCUGUCUGCCAAGAACUGGCUGUUCUUCUUGGUCGGCUUCUUCUCCUGGACGGCCGACGCCUUCGACUUCCAUGCCCUCUCCAUCCAGACUGCCAAGCUGGCCAAGUACUAUGGUCGCUCCAAAACCGACAUCACCACCGCCAUCACUCUCACGCUGCUGCUUCGAUCCAUUGGCGCCGCCUGUUUUGGCCUUGCGGGCGACAAAUGGGGCCGCAAGUGGCCCAUGGUUGCCAACAUGAUCAUCCUCGGGCUUCUCCAGAUCGCAACCAUCUAUAGUCACACCUUUUCCCAGUUUUUGGCCGUGCGAAGUUUGUUCGGCCUGUUCAUGGGAGGAGUGUACGGCAACGCCAUCGCCAUGGCUCUCGAGCAGUGCCCACCAAACGCUCGUGGCUUGAUGUCGGGCAUCUUGCAGCAAGGCUAUUCCUUUGGCUAUGUCUUGGCGGCUUGCGCCAAUCUUGGCGUCGGUGGAGGGACCGACACCUGGAAGACUGUGUUCUGGGCCGCCGCCGGGUUUUCCAUCGGAAUCGGCAUCAUCCGCAUCUUGUUCCCCGAAUCGCAACAGUUCUUGGACGCCAAGAAGGAGGGAAAGCAACAUGGCAGCCCCGGUGCUUUCUGGCGCGAGACAAGGAUGAUGCUCGCGCAAGAAUGGAAAAUGUGCGUCUACUGCAUCAUUCUCAUGACGUGGUUCAACUAUUACUCCCACACCUCGCAAGACUCAUACACGACCUUUAUGCUCACGCAAAAGGAGCUCAACAACGACGGCGCCUCGAGAGCCUCCAUCCUGAUGAAGGCGGGUGCUUGCGUUGGCGGCACCAUUAUCGGCUACGCGUCGCAGUUCGUGGGCAGACGCAGGACCAUCAUAGCCUCGUCCUUGGUGUCGGCUGCCUUGAUCCCGGCUUGGAUCUUGCCCCAAGGUGAGCGCGCUCUGAGCGCUACCGGUUUCUUCAUGCAGUUCUUUGUUCAAGGCGCGUGGGGCGUCAUCCCCAUCCACCUCAACGAGCUGUCCCCGGUUGCCUUUCGAUCCACCUUCCCUGGUGUGACGUACCAGAUUGGCAACAUGAUCUCCUCCCCAUCCGCCCAGAUUGUCAACGCCAUAUCGGAGAAGACGUUUGUGCGACUGUCCAACGGCCACCGCGUCGAAGCGUAUGGCCCUGUCAUGGGCGUGGCGACUGCCAUUAUUGCGGUUGGCAUCAUCGUCACCACCAUGGUCGGCCCCGAACGGCGUGGUAGGGAUUUCGAAAACAGGGUUGCGGGUGUGAAUAGCCCGGUUUCGUCAGACAAAGUCCUCGGAGAAGCGGAGGAUGAAGAGAAGGCAAGAGUGGCCGUUAAAGAGUAA